AUGUUUACUACGACGAUUAAAUUACAUGAUAAUUCAUCAAAUCAAUCAGAUCAAAAUAAUUCUCGUCUCAUGGAUGAUUUUAUCAAUGACUUAGAAGCCGGUACACCUUAUAAUAAUCCACCACGUCAUUUAAAUAAAAAAAUGAAAAAACGUAAACAACUUGAUGCUUUAUUAAAAUUUCGUUCAUCAACGUCAAGAUCUAAUCGUCAUAGUAAUCGAUUAUCAAAUGAAAUGCUUUUUAGUUCAGAAGAUGAAUUAUUUUUAUCUAAUAAAAAAAGUACUUCUACAAAAGUACAUCCAACACGUUAUCGACGUUGGUGUAGUUAUACUCGGCAUAUACUUUCUUUUUGCCUUGUUUGUAUUUUUAUGAUUGUGUGUGUUGGAUUAGCUUAUGCAAAUAUUGAAUUGAAAACUGAAGUUCAAAAUUUAUCUUUACGUGUUACUGAAAUUGAAAAACGAUUCUCAAAUGUUGAAAUUAAUCGCAUCCUAUCAACAAUCGAACAAAUAAAAAUUCGUCUAAAUCUAAUUGAGCGUUGGAAUGUAUCGUAUAUAUAUGAUCGGUUACAAAAAUUACAAAGAGAUUUUAAUCAAAUAAAACAAAAUUCACCAUCAAAUGAAAUGUUAAUGCAUAAUGAUGAUGAUGAUGUUGAUAUUUCAUCAAAAUUGUAUAAUAUUGAACAGAAAUCAACACAAUUUUCUGAUGUUGCUAAUGAAUUAGAUAAAUUAAGUCGUGAUGCUGAUGGUGAAGCAACAAAUAUUAUCAAUGAAAAAAUAAAACCAUUUGAUAGAAAUUUAAUUGAACAGUUACUUGAACAAGAACGAACGACAAAUACUCAAAAAGAUACAAGUCAAUUAUCAAAAACUCUUCUUUCACUGAAUGAAAGUUUAUACACAAAUUUGGCUAAAUGGCAUAAUGAACUAAGAUCUCUUCGAAAUGAAUUGGGAAAUCUUAAUCAAAGUAUAAAAAUACAAGAAUUAGUUGUACAUUUUCAAGAAUUAACUGAUCUUAUGCAUAAUUCAUCGAAUAAAGUAUCAGCAAUUAUUACUACAUUACAAUCAGACCUUAAUACAUUACGAAAUCAAAUAGAAUUAUGCAAAUGCUCCAAAGAAUCCCUGCAUUUAAAACCAGCAAUUGUUGAUAGCAAUCAAUUACAACAGCGUAUUGUUACAAAACCCAAUAUUGUUGAUAUUCCAUCGUCUUCAUCUACAACAGCAAGCAUAACUACAAUUUCUCAAGAAUUAGUCAAUCAAUCUGAAACAAACGAUCAUAAUAAUACAAUUGAUAUCGCUCAAAUUGUCAAUCAACCCUCAUAA